UCAUCCAGUUUUCAUCUACACAUUUGCCUUCGCCUUCUGCUAGUUGUGAGUUGUGUGUAUGUUCGUUCGCUCGUUUUUCUUUUUUCAAUAAAAAAAAUAUAAUUUUCAAUUCAAGUUUGUCUACUUUCAAUAGAAAAAAAAAUGUCUUAAAAUCACAUCAAAAAUCACAAAAAUUAUAACCAAACACAAGUUAAUUAUACUCAUUGAUAAAAUAAUUCAACAUAAUGUUGAAAUUUCGAUCGAAAAUGAAGUGAAAAAAACGAAAAUAAAAAAUAAAAAUUCGCCGCCCGCUUUUACAAAAAGAAAUAUACACAAUUUUCUCUCCUCAUUUCUCUGCUCUGUUCGCCAACACCUCGCCCCCCCCCUCGGAGAAAUAAAAUAACUUCAAUUCGACACAAAAAAAAAAAUCGUGUGUUUUAAAAGGAAUACAUUUUUAAAGAACGAAAAGGAAACAACAAAAAAAAAAAACGACAAAUGAUUUUGUGAAAACAAUUUAACCGUUAUUUUUAUUAUUAUUUUUUACUUAUUUAUUUUUUUUGUUAUAAUUUUGUACACAAAAAUUGAAUAAAAUUAAUUUAAAAAAAAAGGAAUUUUUUUGAAAAAAGUUUUGAAACAAAAAACCCGACUAGUUUAUAAAACGACUUCGCAAAAACAAGAAAUAGAGAAAUGUCGAGUUGGGCGGAACGAGUCCAUCGGCGCGCCGCCGAUCUCGGCAGUGUGGUAACGUCUUGUGGCCACCCGGGAUCCGGUGGCACUCCAUCGUAUCCCUCGUAUCGUUUGGAGAAAGUCAAAUUCGGUGUUCCACUCGAGGAAGUCUGUAAAAAUGACAACAUUCCCGGUCCACUCUUAGUUCUCAUUUUGAAGCUUAAUAAAGAGUCACCAAAUCGCAGAGAUGUUUUUCGUGCUCCUGGCCAUCAGGGUGCCAUGAAAAAGUUGAUUCACUUUUUGCAAGCUGGCCGAUUGGUUAAUGUAGACAACUAUUCGGUAUACACAAUUGCAAGUGUGCUGAAAAAGUUCCUGCGAAAGAUUCCGAACGGAGUAUUUGGAAGGUUGGGGGAGAAUGAGUUGUUUGCGUGCAUUGAACUGGAUAACGAGAUGGAACAACAGGAGAGAAUUCAUAGAUUAAUUACAUCACUGCCCAAAUAUACCCAACAUUUAUUAGUUUUACUAUUUGGUACAUUCCGUGUGAUUGCGACAAAUGCCUCACAUGCAGGCACAGGAAUGACAAGUGAAGCGCUGGGCGUUUCUGUGGCACCGAGUUUUUUCCAAUCGUGCGUUAGCGAUGGCAAAACAGCUAGAAUGGAAGAUGUGCUGAAAUUCAAGGUUGCUACAAAAAUAAUGAAGCACAUCAUCGAUAAAUUUGCCAUUCACGAUUUAUUUGGUCGGGCAAACUAUGAAUACUAUGCCCGUGUUACCGGACGAAUACUCAAAGUACAAGACGAAUGGAUUUGUAGCUUCCAAUAUCCACCGCCGCCACGAGGCAAAUUAGCACAACAAAAAUAUGCAUUACAACAUUCACUGGAAGCCGAAAAGACAUGGUUACAAUGCCAAUGCGAACGCUGGGGAUUGAUUGCUCAAGAAGAAUCCCGAUCGACGCCCGCCCUUCUGACCAGCUCAAGUUCUGCCCUAGACAACAGUGUACUCUCAUUGGGUGUUACACCCGAUCAUUCAUUCAUAGAGUCAUGCGCCCGCCUUUCUGUAUCCCUCGAGGGACCCGGACUAUUUGCAAUGGCAACUACAUCCUCACCAAUUCCAUCACCAUCCAAAUGUGACGAAGAUGUUCUCGAUGAUGGCGCCUAUGAAGAUAUUGAAGAUGAGAACAAUCCAUCGAACCAAAUGGUUGAUCAACAAUUACAACAACAACUGCCACAACGACGCCGGAUGAUUAUAACAUCAUCUGGAACUGCCAGCAGCGUUACCGAUGAGUGCCGAAAGCCAAUGGUAACUGCCACAUGCAGCCGUUGUAAUCGCGGCCUAAAGCAUUCCUCGAGCUGUUCGUCGACGCGCUCAUCUAAAUCAACUGGCAGUGGCAAUCAACAGGCUCAGCAUCACAUGACAAUGGACGAACUGAGAGCGGUCAAUCGUUAUGCGGAGAGUACAAAGAGUCUAUCAUAUCUGCCACAGGUCCAUGAACGCCAAACCGCACGCAUGCGCACCCGUUCCGAAUGGUUCCUUGGUGCCUCUGGGCUCACCACCACUUGCAGCAGCUGCCUUGCCGCCCAACGAGCCGAAGAAUUUAUGGGCGGCAGCCACAAUGACAUCCCACACGAGCCCAGCAACGAGAUGUAUAUGAUAUUCAAACGUCGUGUUGCAGCUAACGCUGCUGGCAACAAUCCCAUGGACACCGACGAUGGAGAGGAUUACUGCAGCGGUGGACAAUACCUAUCCCCACAUGGAUAUCGCACCGAUGGGAAUAGCUCCUCAACAUCUGGAGGAGGAGGACGCAUGUUCCUGGAGACGAACUUCACAACGCAUUCCGCUGGCAACAUCCGUUUGAGUAAUAGCGCUGAAUCAGUUCAAUACCCAGUAACUAGACGGCCAUCUAGACGAGGACUAACUGCCAUGGCACGCCAUCAUCCACACCGAUCGUCGUUGCGUCGCAACAAGGACAAAGUCAAAUCCUCAGCUGGCAAUGGUAAUGGCAAUCUCUGUUGCCCCGGUUGUUGUAAUUCGGCACGCAAUUCCAUAGCCGAAUGUGCACCAACAACAAAUUUCUCCUCAAAUCGUCCACGUACCGUAUCAUUCGAAACAAAUAGCCAAUUGAAGUCAUUCAUUGCCACGACGACAACCGGAUCCAAUAUGGCCAUGGACACAACAGAGUCUCUAAUAAAAUCUGAUGGCACAUUUAUUAUUUAUACAUCUCCACCAGACGAAGACAUCGAUAAUUCUAGUACAACUGGCGGCUCUGCAACUAUAAUUACAACAACAACACUACCAACUGGCUUACGUUUUAAGCCUCCAAGAGUUUAAAAACCAUAACCAAACACAAUAGACAGAAGAAAAUGUGUGUGAAAGAGAUGAGAAAGAGCCCUAUUUUCUAAAAUUUUAUUACAACACAACAACAAUUUUAUUGAAUUUCUAAAGACAAAUCGAUCGAUCAGUGUUCAGAAUUUCAUAAAUUCGUAUUUCACUUUUUAACAAAAAAUAUUUCAACAAAA